AAUAAGUUUUUUUUUACUCCAUAAAAAAGCUAUAACCUAAUUUUUAUAUCACGCAUUCCAUACGUUUUACAAAAAUAUUUUAUGUUAAAAAAAAGUAAAUGAAUAAAAUGGAUUUAAAAACUCUGUACUCUCCAGAAUUUAUUUUUUUAAACUCUUCAAUAGACAAAGCCGACGUUUCAGACUACAGUAAUUUAUUAAUUAAUUUGUGUAAUCAACUCGAUUUAAAAAAUCGAUUGGAAGAUGACAAUCUGCGUACAACAGUAGAUAAAAUAAUAAAUAAUGAUCCAAAUAAUUAUACUGAUUGGUUACGUCUAGGUAUUGUUGCUCUGCAUUUAUUUAUUCAACACAAUUGGACUGGGCCAGCAAUAAGUUUUGAUGAAAAUAUUGACUGGUUAGUUAACAAUAAAAAUGAGGAAGCAUAUCGAGAACUUACACUCGGUGAUCAAUGUAACGAUAAUGCCGAGUAUUUAGAGCUCUUAUAUUUAUCAAAAAUAAUAUUUACGAGUCAAAAACUCCAGCAAAUUUUACCAACAUCACUGUGGUGGGCAAUACGGUCAAACUACGUCCAUCAAAUGAUUUUAGAUGAGGAAUCAGAUGUUCUACUCAAUGAAACAGAAUUACUUAUUGAUAAAAUGAGCAAGCUUGAUGAUUGGAAUAACGAUGAAUAUAAAAGUUUUGAAACUUUAUUUUAUAUUGAAGCAUUACAAUUUACAUUAUUAUACAGGAGAAUUAAUGACUCGGAAAAGUAUUUGAAGCAAGCGCAAACUAUUGCCAAGUUAACUUUAGAACUCGGUGGAGCACAAGGAAAACGUACAAAGUAUCAGCAAGAAGAAAAACCACAACUUUUUCUAGACAUUAAAAGGGAAAAAGAAAUAUUCCCUUUUGAAGUAUGUCCUGAUUUACCUCAUUCCGUUCAUGUAAUGGAUGAUUUGAGACUAGACUCAGUUAAAUUUUCAGAAGAAAUAAAACCAGUUGAACUGGGAUCUGUUGAAGAAGCUGUUGUUUUAGCUAAAUGUAAUCACCUUCAAAUUAGUCUACCGACAGAUGACUUUGCGAUGGAAGAAACGAUGCCGUAUUUAAAUACAAUAAUUGGCGGUACUAAAAAUUGGGCAUUGAAAAUGGAAGCAUUACGACAACGCAGUAUAUUCGAGAUGAAAGAUAAGCGAGGAAUAGAGCGAGCUUUAUCCCAGUCUGAAAGCCUCGUGGGACAAUACAGCCAAUCAAAACCAAGUGUCUUUCAUAGAACAAAUCUUCUUUUUGCAAGUGGUAUGAAGCCCAUCUGGAUAUUCAAACAAAACUUGGCAGACGCUAUGUUAAAUUUAGGACUGGUAAAAGGCGCUCUGGAUCUUUAUCUAAAUCUAAAACUGUGGGAGGAAGUUAUUGUUUGUUACACAAUACUAGAUCUACGUCACAAGGCUGCAGAAGUUAUUCGACAAGAAUUGUCAAAGAAACCAACGGUAAAAUUAUGGUGUCUUCUUGGUGAUGCUGAACAGGAUACUAGUCACUAUGAAACCGCUUGGGAAUUGUCUAAUAGAAGUAGCAGUCGUGCACAGAAACAUUGGGGAUUUUAUUACUUCGAGAGAAAAAGAUAUUCCGAAGCGAUACCACAUUUAGAAUUGUCUGUUAAAUUGAAUAAUAUACAAGAAAAUGUAUGGAUUCGUUUGGGUUUCGCUGCAUUGCAAAGUGAAAAUUGGGAGCUUGCAGCUCAUGCAUAUCGACGUUACUGCGAACUUGAACAAAAAAAUUUCGAAGCUUGGAAUAAUUUAGCUAAAGUUUAUAUCAAAUUAGGAAAUAAACCACGUGCUUGGCAUUCUCUUAAAAAUGCUGUUAAAUGUGAUUUCAAUAUAUGGCAAGUUUGGGAUAAUUUGAUGGUCGUUAGUAUUGAUUUAGGAUAUUUUUCAGAUGUUAUUGAAUGUUAUCACCGUAUUUUAGAUUUUAAAAAGUCUCCACAUAUUGAUCAUCAAGUAUUAAGAAUAUUAACCAAUGCUAUUUGCAAUAAUAUCAAUGAUAAUGAAGGACAGCCAGCUAAAAAUAAUUACGACAAAGCUCUGGCGCUCUUUGGACGUAUAAAUGCGUCAGUACCAAACGAUCCUGAAUUACUGCAACUUUACGCAGAACUGACUGUUAUUCAAGACACAGACACGGCUAUUAAAAAAGCCUCUGAAUAUUUACAGAGAGCUUAUCGUUCAUUUGUCGUCGAUUCACGGUGGCACCAAAACAUUUCAACUACUAAAAAUGUUUUACAAUUGUGUUCAAAUCUUGCAGAUACUUAUUUACGUUGCUGCGAAAAUACUGAUGAUAUUAAAAAAAAAUCAAUGCUAGGAAGUGCUAAAUUAUCUCUGCAGUCUGUUAUAACGAAAGUAAAACAAGAAAAUUUAACAGAUUACCAAGACAUCAUGCAAGCUAUUGGAGAACUUGAAAGUAAAUGGGAAAUUAUAAACAAUGAGUUGAUGAAAAUUAAUAGCAGUGGAUAA